CGCAGACGAGACGACUCGCGGUGACAUCAGCGCUGGUGUAUACUUGAGUUUUCGUCUCCAUUGGUUCGGAGAUGGCAUCCCUUUUGCAGCCAGAUAGAGUUCUCUAUCUGGUGCGUGGGGAAAAGAAGAUCAGGUCCUCUUUAUCUCAGCUUUAUUUCUGUCGUUACUGUAGUGAGCUACGAUCCCUGGAAUGUGUGUCUCACGAGGUGGACUCCCAUUACUGUCCAAGCUGCUUGGAGAACAUGCCCUCAGCAGAGGCAAAGCUGAAGAAGAACAGGUGUGCCAACUGUUUUGACUGCCCAUGUUGCAUGCACACCCUGUCUACUCGGGCAACCAACAUCCCUGCUCCUCUGCCUGAUGAUCCCACCAAGACAGCCAUGAAGAAGGCCUACUACCUGGCCUGUGGCUUCUGCCGCUGGACCUCCAGGGAUGUAGGCAUGGCAGACAAAUCUGUUGCCAGUGGUGGAUGGCAGGAGCCAGAGAACCCUCAUGGUCAACGGAUCAACAAGCUGAUAGAGUAUUACCAGCAGUUGGCCCAACGAGAGAGACAAGAGAGAGACAGGAAGAAGCUGGCUCGGAGACGACAAUGCAUGCCUAUGGCGUUCUCGGAGAAGUAUGGUCUUGGAACCAGACUGCAGAGACAGAGGCCUGGUGCGCCCGUAUCAACUUUGGCUGGCCUCUCCCUCAAAGAGGGUGAGGAGCAGAAAGAGAUCAUCAUUGAGCCGGCCCAGGCCUUUGAUGAGGUGGAACCCUUGCCUGAAGAUUGCUAUACCAGGCCCAUCAGCCUACCAGAGGUGACUACUCUGCGCCAGCGUCUCCUGCAGCCUGACUUCCAGCCUGCAGGGGCGUCUCAGCUCCACCCCAAGCACAAGCAUCUCCUGAUGAAGCGCUCACUACGCUGCAGGAAAUGUGAGCACAACUUGAGCAAGCCAGAAUUCAACCCUACUUCAAUAAAGUUCAAAAUUCAGCUGGUGGCUGUGAGCUACAUCCCUGAAGUGAGAAUUAUGUCCAUUCCAAAUCUCCGGCACAUGAAGGAGAGCCAAGUGCUGCUGACUCUGACCAACCCAGUGGAGAACAUUACUCACGUGACACUGGUCGCAUGUGAGGAGGGAGACCCAGAUGACAUUAACAGCACUGCCAAGGUCUUGGUGCCCACUAAGGAGCUUGUCUUGGCGGGAAAAGAUGCUGCUGCUGAGUACGACGAGUUGGCUGAACCCCAGGAUUUCCAUGAUGACCCAGAUGUUGUCGCGUUUAGGAAAUCCAACAAGAUUGGUUUCUUCAUCAAGGUAAUCCCUCAGAAGGAGGAAGAUGGAGAUGUCACUGUGUCAUUCAAGAUACGCCAUGACUUCCGCAACCUGGCAGCUCCCAUUAGGCCAAGUGAGGAGGGUAGUGAAGCUACGACUGAGGCCAUUUGGCUCACACAACAUGUUGAGCUGAGUCUGGGACCACUUGCUCCUUGAGAACAUGAACACAGACAAACACAGUUACACACAUUUACUCCUCAGGCCAAGGGUUGGGAAGCAGAUCCAAAUUAUUUGCCUGGAUUUUUUUUCUUUAUUUUCUUUUCUUAAUGACACAAAGGUGUCUUUGAUUCUGCGUAUAACUACCUGGUGACAUUAUUCAAUUUCACAAAGGAUUCACCUGUUUAGAGUUGUGUAAUGCAGAUGUGAAAUAGUGCUGGAGAUGCAUCAUUUAACAUUGCCUCAGUGAAGUUAUGUAUAUUUACUGAAAGAUUUUAUUACUGACAGUUUACCAUAAGACAUGGUAUAAAAGUGGGUUACCAAUCAAAUUUGUAAGCAGAAUCAGGAUUCACAAUCUAUUUGACUCCCAACCCAGCCGGGUCCCGUUCCCCACUUCUUGCUUACGCAUCUUCAUUAACAGUAUAUACCCGCAUGCAGUAGCAGUCAUGAAUAUCCUAUUGUGGACAAUGUCAUUUUACAGUUAAAGAUGAUCUGAAUUUUGAUCAUCAAGGUUGUUCUCUUGGCUGGGGGCAGGUCCUGCCCAAACAGUUCGGCACAUUUUAUUAUCAAGUCAAGCAUUGGGUUUUGUUGGCUGUUUAGCAUAUGUAGUAAAAAGCUCUGUAUAUGCACAUUAUAAGGUUUGCAUCAGUUUGAUGCAUAAAGACACUAUCAUCCGUUGUAAUAUGAAAAACGUUUCGAUGGUUUGAAGAAUUAAAUGACCUCUUUCAGUAGAUGUCUUACACUGUUGACACUUGGUUUUCCAUCUUGUGUGUAAAAUCUGAAAUUCAUUCUUUGGUUUGUAGUUAGAUGGAACCUUACUUUCAAAGCUGUACUGGCUAAUAAAAUGUGAUAUAGUAA